CCCCGACUUGCUAUUCCAAAACACUUUCGAGACGGUCUACGACUCCACCAGACGAGCAAGAACAGCCAGAUCUGGCCAGCACCAAUCUAACAAAGCGCAACACCGUACACGCCAUUCAGCACGCCGUCUUCCCCUCUACGGCGACUCAGCAGCCCCCCCAGAAGUAGCUUUUACACUCUCCUUUCCCCCCGGCCUCCUUCUUUUGCCUUCUCUUUCCCCCGUAUUCUCUUGUCCUCCCAAAAUCUCUCGGCGCCCAGCCUGCGAUCCCUCCCACAUCCCCCACACGCAAGCCUUCUUGGAACGCUUUCUACCGACAACCUCAACCUCGACCCGGUUUAUUAACAAUUCGAUUGUGACCUUUGGCUAUUUUGGUCUUCGCCUGGGAGAACUUGGAACAUUGACGAUUGCUUCGAACCAACUGCUCAACCCUUCAACGACUCUGUGCGCGACUUCAGAACGCCUGGACUCGUAUCCUCGACUCUCGCCGCACCCAUCCGCCCGACCGAGUCCCGGAACUCGCGUCGCUCGACGACAACAACUCGACGCCUACGUCAAUCAACACUGCGAAUCCACCGACGACUGCGAAGCUUAUUCGAUGGCGAGUGUUCGCGAAUAGGACGAAUCUUCUUUCGAUCCUCGCCUGCGGCUGGCCGCUCUGUUCUUCAUCGACAAGCAUCCGACGAGUCGGCGCCGCCAUCAUGGUAGAUUUCGCCGCAGCCGCGAGUCCCUUGCCCUCUCUGGGCGCCGCCGGGGCAGCAGCCGCGAAAAUCGCGACCGCUGCGCCUAUUAUUAUCGCGAACAAUGGCAUCAACUAUGAAGAAACCACGACCGGAGGCGCGGUACAAUACAACGACCUGCGUGACCCCUUCUUCGCCUCCAUCUUCCCCGUCUGCUACGCCCUCGCCGCGACGACAGUAACAGCAUACAUGCUUGUGAUCAUGCUUUUCAUUACUCCCCGAUCAUUUCUCGAUGGUGGAGUGGUAUACCUGGGCCGACGCGGGUUUACGAGUGGUGGAACAUCGAAUGGAAUCAGCAUCGGAGGUCGACCAUGGCUGCAGAAGGUGGCCGCCGUCACCGUUGCAAUUUCUCUCACAAUAGCAAGCGCCGAUACUUUUAAAGUUGCCGAGCAACAGUACCAGUGGUCAAUUCAAGACGCCAAAAAGAUGCAAUCGGAGGUUAUGGACGGAACCGAACUGAAAGUCAUUCGCCUCAUUUCAGACACCUUUUUGUGGCUUGCACAAGCCCAAACUCUCAUCCGACUCUUCCCACGUCAGCGGGAAAAGGUUAUUAUCAAGUGGACUGCCUUUGCGCUGAUUACGUUGAAUCUCAUCUUCAGCGCCUUGAACAGCUUCCAGUACCCCACCAGCGGGAGCAACGGCAACGCCCGUCCACGAAGCUUUGUGGACGCCGUGCCCGCUCUCAGUUACCUAUUUCAACUGUCCCUCGGCCUGUUAUACGCCGCAUGGGUCAUUUACUAUUCACUUAUGAAGAAGCGAUACGCCUUCUACCAUCCCUUGAUGAAGAACAUGAUUCUGGUUUCUACACUAUCACUCUUCGCCAUUCUUGUACCAGUCGUUUUCUUCGUACUGGAUAUGGCACAGCCAGAAUUCGCUGUUUGGGGAGACUACGUUCGCUGGGUCGGUGCUGCAGGCGCCAGUGUCGUGGUUUGGGAAUGGGUGGAAAGGAUUGAGGCAUUGGAAAGAGAAGAGAAGAAGGACGGUAUCUUAGGACGCGAGAUUUUCGACGGCGAUGAAAUGCUGGAGGUCUCAGCGUCCGAGUUCCCAUGGCUUAGGAGAAGAAAGAACAGAAACGGUGGUAGGGAUGGUGACGGUGGCGAAGACGGACCUCAGGGUGGUUCUGGCGCUCAAGGUCCUCCCUCGGCCGAGCGAGGCAAUCUUUGGCCAGGCAUGACACAAAUCGCCUCCAGAUAUCGCUCCAAUCACGCCCACACCAACUCAGGAGCAAACAACCAAGGCGGCCAGAGAUCAAAGGGCGGUCUGUUGCGUCCGCCCAUGUGGCCCUCUCGGCCCGCACCUGCGGUGACGCCCGUCAGUCGUACAGACACAGCCAGCGCAGCGAGCACCGUAUACGCUGUAAGAUAUCAGCUGCCUUCAGAGACAACUUCACGGACACCAGAGGCAGUCAUCCGAGCUGCCAACCAAAGGAACGCUGCAGCUGCCAUGUCGAGGAGUAACUCGACAUCAUCUAGGAGCGAGUCGACAACGAGUGACGACGAGCUGUCGAUGGCGGCGCCCGUGCCAAGACAAGCAACGCACAAGACUGUUGAAAUCGACACAGAGGCCCAGGAGGACAUGACAGAGAAGAACCGCAAUGGAUGGAGAUCUUUAGUGGCCAAUCCACUCUUCCGCCGCACUGCUCGCGAUCCACCAGCCGAGGUGAUGGCCCACACCGAGUCAAAGCCCGAGGUGCGUGGUGGUCACGAUGAUGCGGGUAGAUGGGAUCUCCGGGCUCGUUUGGAGGACUUUGCUGCCACGCAGGCCGAGAAGAUCAGAGAGAAGAUGCGACCAACUCCCGAGACAGAUAGCCUUCCGGUGACUGUCAUUCCUGCGCCACCAAGACAGGGAGCGGCACUGGCCCAACUACUGGAAGAGGAACAGGACCAGGAGCAACCGGGUCUCAGCAGAACCAUCAGCGACGCCUCUGCACUCUCGCCUCAAGCUGCGGCUGGUCUGGGAAGGACGCAAAGCAAUUUCUCUCGUCGGUCCCCUGCCGCAGGUCAAGGUCAAGAGCCUGCCACUCUUCAGCUAAGCAGACCACCUCUCUGGCCUGGAGUAAGAACCCAACAUCAGGACUUUGAGCCGCAUUCACCAAAUGUGCCGCCUACGCCCUGAUGAUGAGUCUACGCGGUUUACGAGUUUCUUUGUCGAUUAUUCAAAAGCGUGGCGCCGUGGCUUUCUAACUCUUUUGCAUCACGAGCAAGCAUAACGGCGCAUUACUACGGGAGAACGGAUGACUCUGGCACGAGUCUCGAUUGGUUGUUCAAAUUCAAAUUCAAAGUGUAUAUUGCAGAUGGAGUAUAUGGGACUGGGGAAAACGCCCUCACGAGGAAGCGGAAACCAAAAAUCUUUCGCAAAUAAUGAAGAGGGGACCCAAUCGUGGUUUCAUGUACAUGUUUGGGGAAUACGGAACGAAAGCCUACAGUUGGGCGGAUGCAGCGUAUAGAAACGGGGCGUUUUGCGGCUUUGUGUUUUUUCAGCCUGGCCAACAGGUGAUCCCUCCCUCUCAGAGCAGGAGAUGGUGAUCAAGCCGCGCGCGCUGUAUCAGACGGGGCCUCAUGUUGUGGAGAGAUAUCUGCGAGCCGUAGCCAAACUGUGGUGAGGUGGUGGAAGUGCGCAGUACCAGGGGCCGCUUGGUGUAUGGACAUGAGGUGGUGAGAGGCAGAAUAAGCGAUAGCCGC